AUGAACUCCUCAAUAAAUGAACCAAAAAAUAGUGGAUUCAAGUGGGAUUUAAAAAUUCAAGGUUACAUUUUAAGUUCAUUUUAUUAUGGAUACACUUGUAAUCAAAUUUUGGGUGGUUGGAUGAGUGCUAUAAUCGGUGGUAAAAAAAUUAUUGGAGUUGGAAUAACAGCUGCUUCAUUGUUGACAAUUUUAACUCCACUGGCAGCAGAAUGUAGUGUUUAUGUUCUCAUAACUCUACGAAUUACAAUGGGUUUUUUUUUGGGCAUGGCUUUUCCUGCCCUUCAUACAAUCUUGGCAAAUUGGUCACCAAAACUUGAAAGAACAAGAUUAACUUGUCUCACACUUUCUGGAAGUCCAACUGGAGCUUUAAUUGGAAUGCCAAUUGCUGGUUUAAUUGCUAGCUACUUAAAUUGGCAAUGGAUAUUUUAUAUAUUUGGAUUAUUUGGCAUUAAAAUAUCACAUCCUUGGAAAGCAAUACUCACGUCUCCACCAUAUUGGGCAUUAAUUAUUGCUCAUUUUUGUGAAAGCUGGGGAUACCAAGCAAUAAUGACUCAAUUACCAACACUUUUAUCGCAUGCUUUUCAUAAUGAUAUUAGGAUAACUGGAGUGCAAUUGGCAGUUCCUUAUUUUUUUCUGAUGAUUGUUACUAUAUUCGCUGGACAUUUAGCUGAUUGGUUAAUUUCAAAUAAUCAUCUCACCACAACAAUGGUGAGAAAAAUAUUUAUUUGCAGUGCUUUUUUUGUACAAGCAAUAUUUGUAAUAUCAGGUGGUUAUGUAAACUCGAGUAUUCUCAUGAUUAUUUAUUUGACAAUUGGAAUAAGUGUUGGUGCUUUUAUGUCGGUAAAUUUAACUGUAAAUUAUUUGGACAUUGCACCACAACAUGCAAGUGUUUUGCUUGGAAUAGCUCAUACAAUUGCAACAAUUCCUGGAAUAAUAAGUCCAAUUUUAACUGGCUAUGUUGUAAAAAAUCCGGAAAUUAUUGGAGAUUGGACAAUUAUAUUUAUAAUUGGAGGAAUUAUUUCUAUAACUGGAGGUAUUGUUUAUGGUAUAUUUGGAUCAGGAAAAGUACAAAAAUGGGCAGAUGAUUCAGAUGGAACUCAUGGAAAUUAUGACUCUAAAUAA